AUGCACGUGCAGAUGACUCAGAUCUACGACCUGCUAGACCCAGCCAAGGUGGUGAUCGCCUACGAGCCCGUGUGGGCCAUUGGCACCGGGCUCACCGCCACGCCAGAAGACGCCCAGGCGACCCACAAGGGCAUCCGCGACCUGAUCGCCAAGCACGCCUCGGCCUCCGUCGCGGACGCGAUCCGGAUCCAGUACGGCGGCUCCGCCAACGCCGCCAACGCGCCCGACCUCUCGGCGCAACCCGACAUCGAUGGUUUCCUGGUCGGCGGCGCUUCGCUGAAGCCAGAGUUCGCGGAGAUCGUGAAGGCGAUCGCGGAAGCGAAGGCGGCUCAGCCGGCAUAG